AUGUCGGGCUGGUCUCAUGUGCCUGGCGCUCCAGGUGGUAACGUUCAUGGAGCCAUAUCAGGGCCCCUAGACGGCGCUGCUGGCAAAGCGGACCUGAGUGGAAUGCUGGAUGCCAACGGCAAUAUCGACGUGAAUCUUCUGAAUGGCUUGGACAUGGAUAUGAGCUUGCCGAUGGAUCUCGACAUGGAUUUGAGUCAGCAGGCGCAUAUGUACAAUCCAACCCAACCGCAGCAAACUGGUAUAGAUGUGUCACAGGCACAGGAGCAGGGGAUGAUACAGCGACAGGACGAUGAUGUGUAUCCGUCGCAGGACCAUCAGCAAGAGGAAGCGAACAUGUCGGGGGUUGCAGGCGCCGGGCCUCUUCCUACGUCGUUUGGGAUGCAGACACCGGCGAACAGCAGCACGCUGACCGAGUUCACGAAGCGACGAAACUGGUCACAGCGUAUUAUAGAAGAGCUCAAGGACUUGUUGCACAUUCUCACUCCAGAUGGUCACGAGCCAAACGCGAUUGUUGGCAAGUUCAUUGCUGAGUUCGUCCAUCCCGACGACAGUGGCAUCUUCAUGCGCGAGUUCAACGAGAGUAUCGCAAGUGGGAACGGUCUGCGCUUCUUCUAUCGCUUCAAGAAAGACGACGGGACAUUUACAAUCUUCGAGUGCGAUGGCCAUCCCCAUAUAUCCCCAGAGCCGUCAAGUGCGAACCAGAACGAGAACCAACCUCCUGUAGCUGGAGUGUGCAGAGGGUUUUUCAUGAUGGCCCGCCCGUACCCGACCAGGAACGCUGCAUUGCUAGAUUCAUUCUUGGAACACAAGAUUGAGAACGAGCGGCUGAUGAAGCGGAUAAGCGAGUUGAAGAAAGAGGAGGCGGACGAGAAUGACGAGCAAGAGAGGUUGUUCAGAGAGCACAUGUCUCCGCGCACCAGUGAUACACCCGGCCGGCAGGUUUCACAGGGUGUGGCAUCCAGAGGGCCGGGAUCAAAGACGCCGGGCGAGUCAGCCUUGGGGACGCCUGCCGACUAUCAGGGAAUGCCACCACCAGCUAAGCCAACAAUAUCCAACACCGCCCUCACGCGCCAGAACCUCGACAGCGUCCUGUCAGCACAGAAACCAGACAGCAUAGCGGACAAGAUGUCUCGCUACGAAGCCAACAGCACCCAUCUCGAAUCCAUCGAACUCCUCACCGGCCUCCGCUACCGCGACGGCGAACGAAGUCAUGGCAUUAGUACUGGCGACACCUCACCCGCGCUCAUCCGCGGCGACGCCGGUAUUGCCAUCCUGCUCGACCGCGAUAGAGACGGCCCGAAGAAGGACAAGAAGAAGCAGAAGCUGGCGGAUGAAUAUGUGUGCGCAGAUUGCGGGACGCUGGACUCGCCAGAAUGGAGGAAGGGGCCUAAAGGGCCAAAGACGCUGUGCAAUGCUUGUGGCCUUAGGUGGGCUAAGAAGGAGAAGAAGCGGGGUGGGGAUGAUGGCAAAACUUCGAGUCCGAUGCAUGGUGGGAGUAGUGGUGGAUUGGCGCCUGGUGCGACUAUGGGAAUGCAGCAGCCGCCUGGAAUGCCGAUGCAGGCGAGUACUGGUAGUAGCGGAUGA